GCUCCUACAUAGCUAGCACUUCCCAGGUCAAUCAGAUCAAAGAUCACCUGUAAGAUUCAAAUGCAAGUUUCCGCUUUUAUACCUCUGGUACGCCUGGCGGACAGACGGCAGCAAAGAAGGACCAAUCAUUAGCAACUGUUGUUACAGUACAUAAACUCAUCACGCCGGAUUCACGACCAUCAUAUUCCCAGCUUCGUAGCUGCGAGGUAACGGCAGGUAAAGUUUGUCUGUCCCUCAAGACAAUGCAAACAAAUAUACGAUAUUUUCGUUUCCCUCUUUAUUUCAUCAUCAUCAUUUAAACCCUCUUGUUCCUAGUACCAUAUGUACCCUGUCGACCCCUUCCUCCCCUAUACGUACGUGGUUGAAACUUAUAGGUUGGGUUGUCUUCAAGAGCUAUGUCAGCUAUAUGUGUUGUGACGGGGGCUGUCUCUUUGGAUACCUGACAUAUCUCGUUGAACACAAUCUGAUAGUAUACCUAUCUCCUAUUACUUCUUCCAUGUACUGUAAAACUUAGACCGCUUUAGCUUCUUGGAAGUUGGGGGUUAUGGUGUUGUCCUCACUUGCCAGCCUUAGCUAACUUGGGGGUCGUGCCGUACUUUCCCUUGCUGAUCUAUAUCCAUAUCAAAUCCGAGUUCUCUACUUAUCACCCAGACACAUCCGGUUUGCAAUCUCAAUGUUAUCAUAGUCUGGAAUAGACAACCACUUAAUUACAUACUAUGGAGGCCUUGGCAAAGGAUCGUGAGGCAUUAGCCUCCAAAACACAUGGCAAAGAAGCUCUCGAUCACAUUAUAACAGCUGCUGAGCUGUACUUCAAAGCUGCCCAAGAGGCGUCCAGCCCUGAGGAAAAGAAGCGCCUCAUGAAGAAGUGUCAAGCUCUUACCUCGCAAGCUGAAGCUUCUAAGAAGUCAAAUCGACCCAGGGGUAGCGUAGUGGCCACAGAACAACGUCUAAUGCUGCCACGACAAACACGCGACAUCCCGAAAAGCGAACAGGCUAUCUUGCUUCGCGGUUCUCGCCUUCAUGGAAAUGUCUUUCCGCCUUGGGAAUCAGACCCCGGAGCAGACGAGUUCAAUGGUGAUCUCUUCUACGACAAGUCACAUCUCUCCUUAUCUCAACGUCAGAUAGAUGUCUUCUCUGGUUGGAAGAGACCACAGGAGAUCAUGAUUGACCGUGGUUUUCUACCCAACUCUAACGAACAGUCCGAUGAUGAUCUCAUGAAAGCCCAGCAGGAAUGCGAUUUCGUUCAGGACAUAACGACGGAUUGCUCAGUCGUUGCAAGUCUUUGUGCUAGUAUUCGCCUCUUGGGACCCGGACCUAAAUCCAUCCUGCCGGCCUUAAUGUUUCCCAUCGACCCGGAGAAUGGGCAACCCAAGACCUCCGCCAACGGGAAAUACGUGUUCCGUAUGUUCUUCAAUGGCUGCUUUCGAAAGGUAGUUAUCGACGAUCGACUACCCACGUCUUCAAUAAACCGCACCUUUUAUGUAGUAGACCGCCAAAAUCCAAAGCUGAUCUGGCCGGCCUUGAUCGAGAAGGCAUACCUCAAGGUUCGAGGCGGUUAUGACUUUCCGGGUAGUAACUCAAGCACCGACUUGUUCACCUUGACUGGCUGGAUCCCCCAACAACUAUUCCUACAGAGUGAUGAAAUGGACUGGGACAGCGUGUGGGAACGCGUCAAGAAGGCCUACGACUAUGGAGAUGUAGUUGUUACAGUGGGAACUGGACGUCUUUCGACAGACGAAGAAGAGACAUUAGGGCUAGCGGGCGAGCAUGACUAUGCCGUACUUGACAUGUUCGAGGAGCCCGGGUCCAGAAAACUACUAGUAAAGAAUCCCUGGUGCGAUGGUCUCGCAUGGAAGGGGGUUGCGUCAUCCGAAGUAUUAUCUUCACGGACAGCAUCCCACCAUUCGGCUGUGCUAAAGCCUGGCUCAUUUUGGAUCAGUUAUGAUGACGUGGCGCAGCACUUCGAGUCGCUUUACUUGAAUUGGAAUCCGAGCCUAUUCACGAAGCGCCAGGACCACCAUUUCAACUGGGAAAUCCCCGACAGCUCCAUGGCCGAAUCCUUCGCGCACAACCCCCAGUACUCCAUGUCUGCCGAUGCUGAGGGUCAUAUCUGGAUUAUCCUCAGCCGCCACUGGCAGGAUCGAGAGCUCGACAUCUUGCGGAGCCAACGUACUACCAGCACUACUAAUACUUUGGCUGAAGUUUCAAGCAAGCUCGGCUUCAUGAGCAUAUAUGUGUUCACCAAUGCCAAUGGCAAACGUGUCCAGCUGAGCAGCCAGCCCCUAUUUCGCGGGAACUUCGUAGACUCGCCGCAAACUCUUGCGCCUCUUGAGGCUGCCCCCGGCGUCAAGUACACUAUAGUGGUGGCCGCCCAAGAGCUACCCUUACCAAAGUACACCUUGACGCUCUCUUUCUUUUCGCGUGCGAAUUUGACUGUCGCCCCUGCCGAGCCUGCUCUAAAGUACUACACCGAGCUCAAGAGUAGCUGGACACGUCGUACUGCCGGUGGGAACAGCGACUCCGCAACAUACCUGCAGAACCCACAGUUCAGCAUCACGCUCUCACGCGCAAGCCCACUCUCACUUCUAAUCUCCACGGCUAAGGAAGACCUCUAUGUUCACGUAGAUCUCGUCUGGGCGCGCGGUGACCGCGUCACGGCCCUCGGUAACCGCGAUGUUCUCGCAACUUCGGGCGACUACCGGCGUGGCUGUGCGCUAGCCGAAAGCCCGCUCGUUGACCCUGGCACAUACACAGCCGUGUGCUCGACGUUUGAUCCUGGCUGCCUUGCCGACUUCACCCUGCGCGUCGGCUCUGACAUCCCUUGCACUAUAACCCCGAUAGCCGCCUACGCCGCGGGUCGCCUGCGCACUAAGCUGCCCGAUCUCGCGUUUCGUCCGUCCACGUCUACGUCUACCGCCACCUCCAUCACCGCUUCUAUCUCAGCCAUGUCAUUGAACGAUACGGAAACGAAUGUCGAGGUUCAUAAGAAGAAACGCAUUGCCGUGUUCGUGGAUAGGCUCACCCGUGCGAGUGUAGUGAUUACGAGAAGUCGUUGGUCUAACACUAUUGAUUCUACUCCCUCUUCUAGAGGCGGCAGCGGCAGCGGUAUUAGCACCCCGCGCUCCUACCCCACAGUCCGCGCCACGCUGGAGUACGGCACAGGCCCCGACAAGUUUAUCCUCGCCUCUACUGACGGCGGCGACACUAUCAGAGGCGAUGGUAAUUACAGCAAUAGCAACAGCAACAGUAGCAAUAAUAAUAAUAGUAGUGGCGAGUUCAGAGAAGUCGGCGUCAACGGCCUACGAACCCCAGACUUCGACAUUAACCCUGCUGCUACUGCCCGCCUAUGGCUCGUCGUCGAACAGCUCGGCUUAUCGUACCACUCCGUGGCCACCGCCGAUCCCGCCCUCGACGCUCUACACGUCGAUAUAUUGAGUGAUGCGCCUGUGCACACUGGGGCUUGGGAGACGGUUGAUGAUUGAUUAUUUUAUCUGAUUAUUUGAUUAGCUGGGUUUAUAGUAUAAAGUCAUCGCUUUCUAUACAGUAGGGGGUAAUAAUAAUACAACGUUAGAGAAAGUUGCUUAUUACCUACCUAGGCAGCAGUGCACUCAGCGAAACGAAACAAAACAAAACAAAACGAAACUACCUAUUUCAUGAACACGAAUAUUAAGAUACUUGGAAGGAAAGAAAAGGGACAUAGAAAGAGGAAGAAGGAAGAAUGGAUAGGAGGUAUAUGCAAACUACACACUACUAGGUACCUUACCUAAGUUAGACAGGUAAUUAGUUACCUAAGUUAUAUAUAUACCUAGGUACCUAACCUAGACCUAGAUAGAAUACGCAGAUCGCACAACAUGACUUUCAUCAGACAUUGUACC